GGCCGGGCGGGGCGGGUGAGUCAGCGGCCGCCGCUGGGUCAUGCUCGGACAUGCCGCGGCCGAGCUAAGCCCCGACUUGCCCCGAGCGGCGCCGUUUAAAAGCCGGCGGCGGCGCUCGCUGCCCGCGUCUGUCGCCUGCAGGCGGAUGCGCAGCGCCAGCCCCGCGCCGCCAUGUCCGCCGCCGCGGAGCGCCCGGACUCCGCCGCCGCUGCCGAGCAGGAGGCGCUGGUUAGACCAAAACCUUUGUUGCUGAAGUUGUUGAAGUUUGCUGGGGCAGAAAAGGAUAUUUUUACUAUGAGGGAGGUAAUGUUCUAUCUUGGCCAAUAUAUUAUGACCAAACAAUUGUAUGAUGAAAGAGAGCAGCAUAUUGUCCACUGUGAAAAUGAUCAUCUUGGAGAUCUCUUUGGAGUACCAAGCUUUUCAGUAAAAGAGCACAGGAAAGUAUAUUCAAUGAUUUCCAGAAACUUGGUAGCAGUUGGUCCACAAGAAUCUACAGCUUCUAACACAUCAGAGAAUGAUGCCAGCUCUACUCUUGAAAAAGGAAAUGUUCUAAAGGAAGGCAUUCAGGACUUAGAAGAGAAACAGCCCUCCCCACAUUCAAGUGUUAGACCCACUACCUCUUCUAGAAGAACCCGCAGUGAAUCUGAAGAUGAUUCCUCGGAUGAAUGGCCUAGCGAAAGAAGAAAACGGCACAAGUCAGACAGCAUUUCGCUGACUUUUGAUGAAAGCCUGUCAUGGUGUGUAGUAAGUGGGCUAUGCAGAGAAAGAAGCAACAGCAGCGAUUCAACGGACUCUCCUUCAAUUCCUGAUCUUGAUGCUCGUUCAGUAAGUGAAAACUCUGAUUGGCUUGAUCAUAGUUCUGUCUCAGACCAAUUCAGUGUUGAGUUUGAAGUAGAGUCUAUUUAUUCAGAAGAUUAUAGCCACAAUGAAGAAGGUCAGGAACUCACAGAUGAAGAUGAUGAGGUAUAUCAAGUAACUAUAUAUCAGACUGAAGAGAGUGAUGCCGAUUCAUUUGAUGAAGAUCCUGAAAUUUCACUAGCUGAUUAUUGGAAGUGCCCUAAGUGUAGUGAAAUGAACCCUCCUCUCCCACGGCAUUGCCACAGAUGCUGGGCUCUUCGUGAGGACUGGCUUCCUGAUGAAAAGAACUACAUAUCAGAAAAGAGCGAAUUAAAAAGUUCCACUCAGCUUGAACCUGAAGAAGGUUUUGAUGUUCCAGACUGUAAGAAGGUGAAGAUGGAUGAAGGUAAAGAGCCAGAUGUUGAAGAAAGUGAUGACACUGCAGUACAAGCCUCUGAAUCUCAGGAAAGUGAGUACUCUCAGCCAUCUACAUCUAGCAAUAUCUUUUGUAGCAGUCAAGAAGACAAAGAGUCACAAGAGAAAGAGGAGAAUACAGAAUCCAGUCUACCUAUUACCAGCAUAGAGCCCUGUGUUAUAUGUCAAAGUAGACCAAAAAAUGGCUGCAUAGUACAUGGCAAGACAGGGCAUCUCAUGUCAUGUUUUACAUGUGCACGGAAACUAAAAAAGCGGAAUAAGCCCUGUCCUGUCUGUAGGCAGCCAAUUGAGAUGAUUGUGUUAACUUAUUUUGGUUAGGAGGAUGUUGAACAGAACAAGUGCAGUAAAGCAAAAACGUUGCAAGAUUUCAUGGACCAAAACCAUUACUUUAAUAAAGCCACAAGCUAUUUUUGUAUGUUUGAAGACUUAUUUUGGAGGUUUGCUUCUGAAACGAAUAAUAUUUGCACUGGAUUUAUAGCUGAACACACUCUACAUUUAAUCAUUUUGGAGGUUCUCUUAAAUGGAAAUAAGUUUUGUUUCAAGAUUUGAGCAAGAUUUUCUACCAAGAGUCACAUCCCAUAUGCAAAUAGUAAUGACACUUGUGUAAGUGGGUAACAUACAUGUUGUAAAAACAGGAAUUCAAGGCUCAUCAGAAGAGACUUCUUGUAGAAGUUUUAUUCUUGGAAGUCCUACCUCUAUUUAAUCGCUAUAUAUAACAUUUGUAAUGAGAUAGGGAAGUAAAAGCAAUAUAUUCUAGUCUAUUUCUUAGUGAAGACACAAUAGAAGAUUAGAACUCCAGAGAAAUGACUUUUUGGAAAAAUAACAGUUUGACUAAUUCAUCCUUACAAUGUAAAUUGAUAUGGAUAGGUAAAUUAAGGGGAAGUACGUCUGCUGACUUAAAGUAACUUCAAAAAAUGUGAAAAUUAGUAAAGCAUUUCGAAUAGUCAUCUGUUUCCGUUAAAAAAAGGAAUGGAAAGGAGUGAUUGGGAUGCGGGGGCCGUUAUCUUUACAAAAACAAAACUACAUUUUAGUCACUAUAUAACUUGUGGUUUUGACACCAUCUGUGGUUGAAAAUAGUACAUUUCUUGAGCCUAACUUCAAAGUUAGUUUUUCUAAUGAGCAUAACUAAAAUGCAUUCAUUAGAGUUCUAAUGAGCCUAACUUCAGCCAAGACAAAAUAGGAGUUAAGGUUUUAAAGGCAUAAGCAUUUUUAAAGUCAGUAAUUUUCCUGUUGUUUAUGCCUAUGCUGUAAGGUGGUUGUAUUUUUCUUGGCUUAUUUCUGAUAAUUGAAGAAUUUUGAGGUACUAGACUAGCCAGUUACUUGGUGAAGUAAGACUUUAAAAACCAAUUUGUUAUGACAUUAUAGGGAAAAUUGUAAUGUGUUUAAAACGAUGAGUUACAAUUUUUUAACUCUUACAAUCUUAUUAGUUACAUUUAAAAAAAAUCAGUAUACUUUACGAAAAAGGGAAAAAUAAAACUAACUACACCUUAUGACAUGUCUAGGAAGCAUUGCAUAAUUUCUGUAGGAUAUUUACAAAUUGAACUGAUGGCAUAUUUUUGUGCUGAAUUCCUAGAGGUAGCAAAAGUGCAUUUAUAUACUAAAUAAUUUUUAUGCAAUUAAGUUAUUCGGUUUGCUUUGAAUAGCUACUUCUGUAUAAUAUCCUUAUUGGGAGUUUCUCCUUUCUUUUGCCUGGUGUGGUGCUCCUGAAGAAAGUAAGAUUAGAGGAGCAGAUUUUUGGGGCCUGUCUAACUUUGAGAGGCAGUGUUCCCAUACAGUCCACCGAAUAAAGAAUGGUGAAAAUAUAAAUGUUUUUGACUUCAGAUACUGAGAUCCUGUGUGAUCACAAAGAUUGUACUGCUUAUUUAUACUACAGCUCUCUUAGCUUGGAAGCUCCAAAACUGGUCUAAAAAUGCUUGUUCAUUAUAAAUUAUUCUUGUAUGGGAAGGGGGUGUCACUGUGUAGAUUCUAUUUAGGUUUAAAAAAAAUAGCACCUCUGACUACAGUAGUCAUACAGAAUCGGUGUAGACCAAGUCCAAGAUGUAUAGACGACCAGGAAGUGGGCAAGUAGAUGACGUAGAAACGAAGAGCUAGAAACUACACAGUAGAAUCUUACUGAAGUUGUUGAUUUUAAUUUGCACAUAAAGAAUUUUUUCUUGCCUCAGUUUUUAACAGAGACUGAAUUGCCUAGAAUGGCUGUAAGGUUUUUUGUUGUUUAUUUUUGCAAAAUACAGCUCAGAAUGUUUGUCUAGAAUGUUUUUGAAGUAGGGACAUACUGUGAUUCAGUUUUUCCUUGCUACUGUUUAUCAGAAAACAUAUUGGAUAUUUUUUCAGUUUUGCUCAUUUGUAAAUCCUUACUUUUCAGCAUUGCAAUGCAAUUUUUGUCAUUGGUUGGAGGCUCUUCAUAUUGGUUAGUAGUAACCUUUUCCUCCUGAGUUUUGGCAAGAAAUGUUUCCCUUCUUAACAACUUUUAUUCUUCUGGUCAGAGUGUUUUUAAAAGUGACGUUUCUCAUUACAGUAAAAGAUGUUUACCGGCGCACCCCCCCCCCGCCAAUUCCCCACUCUUGCCAGAUAUCUAACGGGGGGAGGCCAGCGGCUGGAUGCCGAGCAGGAGCAGCACACGGUGGUGGGUGGCAGCAGUGGCGUGCAACGUCCCCUCUCCCCCCCUUGCAUCUGGUCAGCCGGCCAGUAAUUCCAGUUAGUAGUGUGCCAGUUAUUAAAAUGCUGGUUCACACAGCUUUUACUAUUUUUGAUAUGUAUAGUUCCUUUUGGCUCUCCGACUUAUUAGUCACCCAAGGAAUGAAUCAUAAAUACUCCUACAAGAAAACAGCUUGUUCCCCUUUCUUAGAAAUAUUUGUGGUGUCUGAUACACGCCUCCUUUUUCUCAUCUGCAUAUGUUGAAAAGAGCUCACCAAACUUUAGUGGCAUGGAGGAAAUGUAUUCAGGCCACAACAGUAGUUCCAGACUCAUCCUUUUGUAAUGGAUGAGCAUCUUUUGAUCUUCAUCAAGUGAUGUUUUCUGAGGGUUAAAGUAUAUGUUCAGCCUUCAAGAGCUCUUUAAAAGCACAGCUUCUAUUUUUUCUAUGCUGUUAAUAAAUAAAGGUGAUGAAACUUUCAGCAGCUCCUCUAGAGAAAACCAAGAGGUUGGGGGUUGUAGGUAGUACGGGAAGAUAAAUGCAGAGUUGUAUGUAGUUUAAGGGACAUGAUUAAGCAGCCACAUUGACCAUAUCAAAAACUGUAAUUUUGUAUACAACAAUCAUGACUUUUCAGCAGCUGAAUUUUUUAUGGGAAUUGGGGUGCACAUUUAUAAUUGAUGAAAUAUGGUAGUUUCUUCUACUUAAGCCUCUGCCCUGGAAAGUGAAAGUAAAGCUGCACCAAUGCUGCAUGUAGGGCCCUAGCUACUGGUUGUAGACACAGUCUUUCUCUACAGCUCCCUUCCUUCCCCGCCCCACCCCGCCCAAGGGGGUUUUCAAGGAAAUAUUUCCCCACCCUUCAUUCUGCCAUUCAAAAACAAGGUGCAUACUCUGUUCAGGGGUACAUUGUACAUGAGAAAAUACAGUAGAACUUAUUUUUGAUUGUCUCCUUGAUGCCAUCCCAAUCCUAUGCUUCAGUGUAAGAGUUUUAUAGUGGCUGCAGGGGAAGUCACAGGACAAGGCAAAAGGAUAAAUCCAGUAUUCCAAAUUUGAAACUUUUUGAAGCCAAAGGUCUCUCUUUCUCAUUAAUUUCAGUUGGAAACAGUUGCUGUGACAUUGCACGUUUAUUCUUUACUUCCCUUCUCCUUCACCCUAUGGCAUUUGAAUUAUAACAAAGUUGCAGCUUUAUUCUAAAAAAAACCCAGCAGGUUUAGCCACUGCGUUGAGUCCCUAAUCGACUAGGGACUUUUCUUCAGUAAGGUUUAAAAUAUAGUCCAGAAAAGUAUGUGCUUUACCUAAAAGAAAAAAAACUGUCAGUUGGCACAACAACCCACAUUAUUUGUUACAGGUGUUCAAUCCCAUUCUUUUCUCUAGUCUUGUGAAUUCUUUCUGAAUUCAAAGAUUAGAAAGAAAAUAGACAGUCCCAUUUGACCAAAUUAAAAAAAGAGAGAGAGAGAAAAAAGUAAUUACUUUGUUUUAAAGCACAGUUGGGGAAGCCUUCAAAAACAUGUCUUAAAACAAGGAGGAAGUCCACAGUCCCAAUCCACAAAUGUAUUUAGAUGCCUGAUUCCUCUUGAAGUCAACGGGAGUUAAAUGCCUAAAUACCUUGGUGGAGGUGGGCCCCAAGAGUUCACUGAGUUCUGUUCCAGUUUCUAUAAAACUGGGUAAAUUAAGUGAAAUCAAGGCAGGUUGGUGGUAACCAAUCUUCAGACCAUCUCCAUUUCUUAAUGUUUAAAUUAUUGGUAGGUAGAUUAAUGAACUGGGUGUAAUAGAACAGGAAUAGAAAAACAGUGAUAAAGAAACUUCACGGGCUCUGUACUUGCAUAGCUCUAAAAUUCAACACAUUUAAUGUUGUAAUUCAGUUGUUCAUUUAUUAUUGCCUCUAAGUGGUCAGGUAUGUCUGUUUUAUCAGUGCUUGCUAGCUUUAAUUUAUUAUUCACAUGGAUAUAAUUUAUUGUGUACAUAAACCUAAAAGCAGGCUUUUUUUGAGAUCAAAUAGGUUUGCUUUCUGUUUUUGUUUGUUUGGGUUUUUUUAUGGAGCUGAAAAUUUAUGAGAGUAAAUGCUAUGUAUAAUAUGGAGUGGGCUUGCUUCUUCCAUCAUCUUUCCUAGGAUCCUAUGUACUUCAUUAACAGAGUUUUCUGUUAAUGAAACUGGUAAGUUAAAACUGCAAAAUUAGUAAACAAAAAAAAAAAAAAAGAGGAGGAGCUGGAGUCCUCUGAAAAUCCAACAGGUCCUGACCAGUGCUAUUGUAGCAAGAAUUCUUCAGCACCCACCCACUUUCCACAGAACCACGACAUCGCUGGCUGCAACUGAGAGGUUGAAGACUGGUUGCUUAUAAUUUGAAAAGCACAUUUCAUUCAGUGGAAAACUAACGCAAGCUCAAAGGCUGUGGAAGGAAAUCUUGUUCAAUAAUGAGUUCUGCUUGGCUACGAAUAAAUGACCAGCAGAGCAGGAAAAACCUGGAAGAUCUCCCAGCAAAAUCUUUAAAACCAUAGAACAAGGAUCUUGUUCAUCCAUAGAUUUAACUUUGUAUUUAACUGCUGCCUGCCUGCCUGAAAUUUUACAAAAGGUACAAUGCUUUGAAAUGUUUCUCUUAAGAGUACCCAAAAAAAGAUGGUCUUUGUGUCUUUUCUAUUAACGUUUCAAAUUGUUCCUGUAGUGUUGCUUAGGCUCAGGAUAUCACCAGCAUUUGUUUCUGUGCUCAAGUAAGAUACAACUUCAUAUUGGAAAUGUGCUGGUUUUGAGUGUGUGAGGGUCUUGGGUAGGGAGAGGGUGUUCCUGUAAAUGCAUAUGCCUUUGUGUUCACUCCAUUGUUUUGGAAGAAAAACUCUGCAAUUUUCCUUAUGGAAAUUUGUACCUCAGAUUGCCUAAGCAGUUCCAACAAAAGUGGAGUCCUCUGUGCACAUCUUAUAUAAAGGUAAAACCAAACUCCACAUUUACACAGUUCUAAGAUUAAAUUUAAAAUUUCAGUGCAGAUGGGGUAUUUGCAAUAGGAUUUUUAAAAAAAUUUAUGCAACAACCUCCUUACAGUCCAGUAAAAAUGUUUUAAAAAAUGAAGAAAAGCUUACAGUACUUAGAAGUAAUAACAUAUGUUGUUAUACUCUAAUAACACAGGCACCUUGAAAGUUCCAAGUGAACAAAUCUUUGUAAUAAAUCUUCUACUGUUAAUAAAAAUCUAGCAUUAUAGGAAUGGAAUCUGUCUCCUGAUUUUAUCAGUAUAUUACUUUAAGAAGGCUGACUUUUUAAAAGGGUAUGGGGUUUUUUUGGCUAAAAAUUAAAAUGUUUGAGGUAAUAUGGAUGAGCACUACUGUGAUAAGAAUAAGAUAAGAUAAAUAUACAGACUCAAUCCCGCAGUGUCUUUUUGCAUCCAGAAUAUCUUGUUGCUCUUGAAUACAGAAGCGUUGCAGGAUUGGGCCCUUUAAUGCUUCACAUAAGACUGUUUUGUAGCAAUUUCAAAUACCUAUACAAUGAGGCCACUACACACAGAGCUGAGGUAAGGAUGAUUUUAAUGGCUUUUGAUAUUAAGUAUUCUAGAAAGGAUUUGCAAUAACAAAUACAGUGAAAGCCCUGUUAUCCAGGUUUUUACUAACUGGCAUUUCCAGCCGAACACGCGGGGGCGGGGGGGAGUUCGCCUGCAGCAGCCACCACACUGCACUGCUGCCGCUCUGCAUGUGACUGCCGCCACCCACUGUUCCACACGUGGCCAGAAACCCUUGUACCUCAGAUACCCAGCACACCAUGUUCCCCACUCAUGGCAGAAAACAGGGCUUUUACUGUACUCAACUUUGUCUUCAACUUUCCAUUAAAAUGAAAUGGACUUAAAAAGUGCAUGUGAGAGAGUUCACUUGAAGAGAAGUCAUUUAAUUUCUUGGGGGAAGGGGAUGAAGGGGAGAAUAUUAUUAUUGAUUGCCUAUUUACAUCUUGUUGUUUGAAAUAAGCAACUUGCUUGACGAAUUUUAGAUUUUAUUUUCUGUUUAAAAAUACUGCAGACUGAAUAAAGACCUUUUUAAAUAUA